AUGUCUGCUCAGGAUCGCGUCCAGAACUACAUCGGCCAGCUCGACCGUGAGCUGUCCAAGUACCCCGCCCUUAACAACCUCGAGAAGCAGACCAACGUCCCCAAGGCCUACGCCGUCAUCGGUGUCGUCGCCCUCUACUUCUUCCUCAUCAUCUUCAACCUCGGCGGUCAGCUUUUGACCAACCUUGCCGGCUUCGUUAUCCCCGGCUACUACUCCCUCAAUGCCUUGUUCACUGCGAACAAGCAAGACGACACCCAGUGGCUGACCUACUGGGUCGUCUUCGCCUUCUUCACCGUUGCGGAGAGUCUCGUUAACGUCGUCUACUGGUUCCCCUUCUACUUCACUUUCAAGUUUGUCUUCCUUCUGUGGCUGUCUCUGCCCGUCUUCCGCGGUGCCGACAUCGUCUUCAACUCCUUCCUGGCACCCAUGCUUGCCAAGUACUUCACCGGUGCCUCCACCGCCUCCGGUCUCCGUGCCCAGGCUGGCAAGGCCGAGUAA